AGUAAUAAGGAAUAUCAUUUCUUUUUUUCAUGAAUACCAAAUGCAAAUUAAUUAGAAAAAUGGAGAGGAAGCUCUAUGAUGCAGCUGUGGAAGGAAGUGUGAUUUCCUUGCGCAAUUUGCUUCAAGGGGAUGCACUGCUUCUUGACAGAUUUAUCACUGGUCAUUACUCUGAAACACCUUUGCACGUAGCUUCCAUGCUUGGCCAUUUAGAAUUCGUUGAUGAAAUUCUUGCUCGGAAGCCAGAGCUAGCCAAAGAACUUGAUUCCCGACAGUCAUCACCCCUACACUUAGCAACAGCAAAAGGGUACUUGGAUAUUGUGAAAAGAUUACUACAGGUUAACCCCGAUAUGUGCCAUGUUUGUAACCUUGAUGGGAGGAAUCCUCUUCAUAUUGCUGCCAUCAAGGGCAAACUUGAUGUCUUGAGAGAGUUGGUCCAAGCCAGACCCUCGGCAGCUUGGCUGCUGAUGGACGAAGGUGAGACCAUUUUACAUGCGUGCGUGAGGCACAACCAGUUGGAGGCAAUGAAGUUCUUGGUGGAAAGAGUUUCCGAUCAUGACUUUGUAAAUUGUAAGAAUUAUGAUGGCAACACCAUCUUGCAUCUGGCAAUAGCUGCUAAGCAAAUAGAGGCCAUAAACUUUUUGAUUUCUAGCACUACAGUGGACGUGAAUUGUCGGAAUGCAGAUGGUUUCACGGUAAUGGAUCUUUUAUCACAAAACCAGAGGGCUGUGAUAGAUAAGGAGAUUAUUGAGUCCCUUCGAAGAAUGGGAGCUGUACAUGCAAAACAUAAGCCUUUGUCAACUUGUCAACUUAAAUCUGCAAGGAUCAAGAUCUUAACCUCACCAUCUACAUCAAAUACCGUAUCAAAACCUAUGAAAAGUAAAGAUCGCAAGAAGUUUGUUAAUAGGAAUGCUGAUUGGCUUGAAAGAAAACGCAAUACCUUAAUGCUGGUAGCUUCCCUGCUAGCUACCAUGGCUUUCCAAGCGGGCGUCAAUCCUCCUAGUGCCGUUUGGCAGGACACUUCCCCUAGUGGUUCUUCAUCAACGGCAUCAAAUGAUUCAAAUGAAUCACAUCACAAGGCCGGGUCUUCCAUAAUGGCAGAUAAUUAUCCAUUUUUAUAUACCUCUUUCCUCAUUUCUAACACAACGGGUUUCUUGGCAUCUCUUAGCAUCAUCCUGUUGCUUAUAAGUGGAUUACCAUUAAGGCGUAGGUUCUUUAUGUGGGUUUUAAUGGUCAUUAUGUGGGUUGCCAUUACUGCAAUGGCAUUUGCAUAUCUGGUAUCUAUCGCAGCUUUCACUCCUGAAAAAGCAAACUCUUUGCUACUCAGGAUAAUAGUAAUUGCAGUGUUGGUUUGGAUCAGCUUGAUGCUCCUGCUUCUUCUUGGACACACAAUUCGACUGAUAAUCAGAUUGAUAAAGUAUCUUCGAAAAUUAGUGAUCAGAUUGAUAAACGUCAUCUCCACGCGCGGUCCCGGAGGUUAAUGUGUGCAAUCUUGUGGAUUUGAAGAAGCCUUGUUACUCACUCAUUCCACAAGCUGAGUCGGAUAAGAGAAAUUCUUCAGCUAGCUUUUGUUAUAAAGGCGAAGCUUAAAGGCAGGGCAUAUGAAUCCAAAAUCUGUGAUGAAUUUUAUUGAUAGGGUAAAUUACAUGUAUGACGGUCUAGAUGUAUCCUCCUCCGAAAUAAAUUCUUAUUUUAAGACGAU